AAAUUAUUCUAAAAAAUGACGGUUGUUUAUCAUUUGUCCAAAACCAAAACUGCUUAUAAGCCUAAAAAAGCUCACAAUUCUAAAUACUCGGACACACUCCUUCAAGCAAACAGAGAAACCAAAAAAAUGAGAACCCAUUCGCCCACAGCGGCGGCCUCGGCGCUUCUUUCUCUCGUCUGUGUCUUCUCUCUUUGCUUAUUUGCUUCAUCUUCAUCAUCUAUAACUCCCAAAACCAGUGGUAUCACCAUCCCUAUCUCUCCAUUGUUCACCAAACACCCAUACUCAGAUCCUAUCAAGACCCUCAAUUCUCUUGCCUCUGCUUCUCUAAUCAGAGCUAGCCAUCUCAAGAGGCCGAAAUCCCCUUCUCACCUCCCCAAAAUUCAAGUCUUCCCACACGGCUAUGGAGGCUAUUCCAUAUCCCUCAGCUUUGGUACACCACCGCAAACCAUACCUUUUGUUUUGGACACAGGCAGUAGCCUCACCUGGUUCCCCUGCACCUCACGCUAUCUCUGCGCCAAUUGCGUUUCCCCCAGCGUCGACAAAAUCCUCAAAUUCAUUCCAAGACUAUCAUCUUCUUCAAAGUUGCUGGGUUGCCAAAACCCCAAAUGCGCCUCAUAUUUUGGCCCAGAUGUCCAGUCUCGGUGCCAAGACUGCAGUCCAGCUUCACAAAACUGUUCACAGAGUUGCCCUCCUUACGUAAUUCAAUACGGUUUAGGGUCAACCGCCGGAUUAUUUCUUUCGGAGGCACUGGAUUUUCCGGAGAAAACCUUCCCCGAUUUUCUUGUCGGGUGCUCAAUUUUCUCAACCGGCAUACCCGUUGGAAAUGCCGGUUUUGGCCGUGGUUCCGAAUCUUUGCCCUCGCAAUUGGGUCUCAGUAGAUUCUCCUACUGUCUGCUGUCCCGCCGCUUCGACGACACCAUGGAGAGCAGCGACCUUGUUUUGUAUGGUGGGUCCGGUUCGACCAAGACCCCGGGCCUUAGCUACACGCCGUUCCGCAAAAACCCAGUUUCCAACGACACUGCAUUCCGGGAAUUCUACUACGUAACCCUUCGUAAAGUCAUCGUCGGCGACAGGACCGCGAAGAUCCCGUACAAAUUUCUGGUGCCCGGGGCUGACGGUCACGGUGGGACUAUAGUGGACUCUGGAACGACCUUCACCUUCAUGGAAAGGCCGGUCUUCGACGCUGUGGCGAAGGAGUUUGUAACUCAGAUGGCUAACUAUACUAGAGCUGUUGACAUCGAAGCCCAGUCCGGUUUAGGGCCGUGUUUCAAUAUUGGGGGUAAGAAAAUCGUUAUUCCGGAUUUAACCUUUCAAUUUAAGGGUGGUGCGAAGUUGACCUUGCCCCUAGGGAAUUAUUUUGCGUUUGUUCGUGAUUCGAGCGUCGUCUGCCUGACGAUUACCACCGACGACGUGCUCGGUUCGGGCCCCAGUAGCGGACCGGCCAUUAUAUUUGGUAGUUUUCAGCAGCAGAAUUUCUACGUGGAAUACGAUCUGGAAAGUGAGAGGCUUGGCUUCCGGCAACAAAGUUGCAAGAAAUGAGCUGGCGCAGCAAUAGGACAACUACAAUAAUAGUAGUGCUCCAAAGAUAAGUACUUCCAAAAAAGAAAUUAGUGGUGGAGUUGCAUUAUUGGAUGGGCCUGUUCAGUAUCAUGUGCACGAUGCUCUGCGAAUUUUAAACAAUGUGAGGGUGACGGCGGCGGCGAAUUUACGGUGAAGCGUUAAAAGCUCGCGGCGGAAUUGUCAGUGAAAUUAAGAUUUGCCCAUUUAAUUUCCUAGAGUAUACGGUAUAAUUAAUAGAUGGAAGUGUAACGACCAAUAUAUAUAUAUAUAUUUAUAUAUAUACAAAGUGUAAUAAUACUACAGGCUAUCCUCAUAGUGUUCCAAGUAAUUAUUAUUAUUUUUAUCAAACAAUUAUUGAAUUUUAGAAAGAUCGAUGCUGGAUGCUUUCGACUUUGGAGAUACUGUGAAUUCUCAUGCAUUUGCGUGGAUAUCCUUAACCACAACUUUUUGGCUACA